CGGUGAAUGACUGCCCCGCCCACCGGUCACAUGCAGUGGAGAUGCUAGGCAACGGGCAUAGCCAAACAAAUUGACCGUGUGCCUCAGGGGCUUAGGAAGAGACUUUGUGUGAAUAUAUGUUUCAAGACAUAUAUAUAUAUAAUUAUAUAUAUAAGAUAUAAAAUAGAAAAUAUAGCAAUUGGGACGCUUCGCCCUGUAAACGCAUUUGACCUAUCUAAUUUUCCUCCCUGCAUGUCGUUAUCUGGAGGAUUUCCUGAAAUCCCUGGAGGAUUAGGUUAAAUGGCUGGCAAAAAGAAGGAAGUCAGCCUGCAGGUGUCAAUCACAAACGAGGAACAAUGGGGUGAAAUGCUCGGCACCAAGGGCCUAACAGUUGUUGAUAUCUAUCAGCAGUGGUGUGGCCCUUGUCGUGCCGUCGUCAGCCUCUUUAGAAAAAUAAAGAACGAACUCGGUGAUGACCUCUUACAUUUUGCAACAGCAGAGACGGACAGCAUUGAGGCUCUGGAGAGAUACAGGGGCAAGUGUGAGCCCACGUUCCUCUUCUAUGGGGGAGGGGAGCUGGUGGGGGUCCUGAGGGGUGCCAACGCCCCCCUCCUGCAGAAGCUGGUGGUGGAGGAGCUGGCCAAGGAGAAGAGGGUGCUGGAGGAUGGGGCAGAGCGCAGAGUGGUGAAAGAUGAAGGUUUGAUCGAUGAAGAGGAGGAGGAGGCCAUUGAGAUUGACCAAAGCGACGAAGACGUACUGGUUCCGGCGCACAAAUCCUACACGGUUGCAAUCAUUAAACCAGAUGUUGUCGCACACGGCAAAGCCAGCGAGAUCAUCAUGAAGAUCCAGGAUGCAGGCUUCGAGAUCCUGGCCCACGAGGAGAGGACCCUGACUGAGAAUGAGGCACGUGUCUUCUACCGGCACAAAGAGGACGAGCCCUAUUUCCAGGAGCUGGUGGAGUUCAUGGCCAGCGGGCCGUCGCACGUGCUGGUGAUCUCGCAGACGGACGCCUCCGCAGACGCGGUCCCUGCCUGGAGGGAGUUCAUCGGCCCUGCAGACAUAGAGGAGGCCAGGAGGGACAAACCUGACAGCCUGCGUGCCCAGUACGGUACGGAGUCUCUGUUCAACGGUCUCCACGGCAGCGAUGAUUCCGAGUGCGCCAGCAGGGAGCUGGCCUUCUUCUUCCCCACGUUCCGAACGGCGUCGGCAGCCGCCCCGGAGCAGGAGCCCACGCGGGCCGCAGCGGAAGGGCGACCCGCCGAGAGGACGUUGGCGCUGAUCCGGCCACAGCUUGCCAGGGAACACAGGGACGAGCUGCUGUCACUCAUCCGAGACGCCGGCUUCAUGGUGGCCCCAAAGGAGUUGACUCUGACCGAGGAGCAGGUCAGGCAGUUCUACAGUCAGCAUCUGGAGCGGGACUACUUCCCUGCACUCCUCCAGAACAUGACCAGUGGGCCAGUGCUGGCUCUGGCCUUGGUCAGGAGGGAUGCUGUGCAGCACUGGAGGAGCAUGCUGGGUCCCACGGAUGUCAGCCAGGCCCAGGAGGAGGAACCAGACUGCCUGAGGGCCCGGUUCUCGGCGGACGGGGGAGUCAUUAACCAGAUCCACGGCAGCGGGAGCUCGGAGACGGCCGAGCAGGAGAUCCGCUUCUUCUUCCCCCAGAUGGAGGACACGCUGGCCGUUAUCAAGCCCGACGGCAUGGAACAGCACCGAGAGGAGAUUCUCCAGGAGAUCCAGGCGGGAGGGUUCUCCAUCAUGCGGCAGAAGGAGGCGGUUCUGUCCAGGGAGAUGGCAGAGGAGUUCUACAGGGAGCACCGGGACAAGCCCUUCUUCAGCCAGCUGGUGGACUUCAUGUGUCAGGGCCCGUGUCUGAUGCUGGUCCUGACCAAAGAGAGCGCCGUGGAGGAGUGGAGGGCCAUGAUGGGCCCCACGGACCCCGCGGAGGCCCGCCAGAUGGCCCCCGACUCCCUGAGGGCCCGCUUCGCCAGGGACGUUCUGGAAAACUCCGUCCACGGCUCCUCCAGCCUGCAGCACGCGCAACAGAAGAUUGACUUCAUCUUUGGCGAGAUUGCUGCAGAGAAUGGGGGCAGUGAUGAGAGGGAGAUGGGAUCCCUUCGCCAUGGUGAAGAACAAGGCCUUGAGUCUCCUGAAGACUUCAGGCAGCUGGACGAAUCGAUAUCUCCCUCGACCGAUGCAAAUGAGCAACUCAUGGCCCUCAUGAGUCCAGAGGAAGAUUCUCCAAUGGAGUUGAACAAGAGACUCUCAGACCAUGAUCCCCUGUCUCCUGACGUUGCCAUACCAACAUCAGAGCUGAUGGGGGAAGUGGAAGCACACUGUGUCGCCAGCAACCAUCCACAGUCUGGUUAGUGAGGACUCUGAGUACAGCACUGCAGCCAGCUAAUGUCAUCUGAUGAGCAAUAUACCCUGACAGAAUACAGGAAUAGAAUGAUAGAAUAGAAUUAUAUAGGCUGAUUGCCACGGAUACAAGAAUAGAACUGUCUGGCUCAGCAUUAGGAGGUAAUCCGUAGCUUUUUUGUUUCAUAAGCAAUAGAUGUGAAAUAGGCAGUUAAUUUUGUCCUGUGCACUCUACAGUUAUGAUGCACAGGCACGAUCACUGCAACUGUGAUCGGUUUAAUACCAUCUCAAAUAACAGCUCACUGAGAAUAUGUUCAAAAUCUGAUGGGUUUGUUUAAAAAAAAUUAAAU